AUGGCUCUGAAGUCCAGACCAGAAAGACCCAAGCUAGAAAGAAAUAAAGCUUUUCAAGCUGAAGAAGAAGAUGAUGAUGAGUCUGAAAAGGACGAUUCUGGUGACGAAGAAGAGUUAUCUCUUUUAUCCAGAAGAGUUAAACAACUCUGGAGAAAAAGGAAUAACAACUUUAGAAGACCCAAACAGAAGGGAGAUCGUUCAGAAUCUACCUCUAGAAGCAGACCAAACAAAGAGGUUAUUAAUCAGAAAAAUGGCACAAUUCUUUUCACUGAAUUGGAGAUAACACUUGCACGCUCUGAGGAACAGGCUAAAGAAUCUGAAGAAGCAGAUAAUGGAACUUCAGAAGCACCUGAGCUCACAUUAAAUCAAAAAAGAAAAAGAACUAGACAAAAUGUAUCUGAAGAAUUUAUUAUGGGAAACAAAUACGAACUUGUCAGAACAAGAUCAACAUUCAAGGGAUUUGAAGAAAUGCUUAUGGGACUAGUAUCUCUGAUAGAGUCAACAUCAUGUGAAGAAGCACUUCAAGACAAAGAACGGAUUCUGGAAAUCAAAGAAGAACUUGGUCAAUUUGCAAAGAACGAUGUCUGGGAUCUUGUACCAAAAUCCAAUGGAACCCAUAAUGAAUUUCUUAGAUGGUUGCCAUCUGAGGUAUUCAAGUUGAAAGGCCUAUCUAAACAAGUCAUAAAUGACUACAUCAGAGAAGCUAAGGAGAGGCUAGUGGCGCGUCUGGCCAGAGAAGCUGAAGAGAAAGCUCCGCAGGAAGCUGAAGAAAAGACAAGACUGGAAGCUGAAGAGAAAGCAAGAAAAGAAGUAGAAGAAAAGGCCGCCGUUGAGGCUGCUGCUACUGCUGAAGCUGGAGCCAAAGUCAAGGCUGAUGCUGAAGAAGCAACACACGUUAUUGCGGAAGAAGCUUCCAAGGAAAAGGAAGUGGCUCUGACUCAGGGCGAGUCAUUUAACUCUAAUCUUGCUCCACUGGUGCUGAAGACUCUGGAGGAACUCCAGAAAGAACAACAGAUUGUAAGAGCCAGAUUGGAUCAACAGGACUCUGUCAACUCCAGUAUUUAG